AUGUUCUCCACGGAUAUGUCUAGCCCAGCUUAUCCGGACAUGGACAAAGAAAAGCUGGCUGCUGCUACGCCUAGAAAGGCUACGGUAAAAUCUAAACAUUUAGUUUGCAGUGAAUGUGCAACGCCUCUCCCAGAUGGAUCAAGGAAAAAGAUGUGCAGUCAGUGUACCGCAAAUUCUUUGGAAAGAGAUAAGCAAAAAGAUAUGCAGUCUUUCCUAACCUGGUUCCAUGAAAAUCUGGCCCAGACCUUGGAGACGAUUAAGGAGUCUAAAAAGGUGGAAUCCCCGAUACAACAAAAGAUCAAGAAAAGAAGAAGGUCACCGUCUACAUCUGAAAGCUCAUCUGGGGAAUAUAUUUCAUCAAUUGAUUCAGGCUCCUCUUCAAGUGAACCGGUUGGUUUUCCUUCAGAUGAGAUUCGAAAAUUUAUAAAAGGAAGUUAA